UGAAGACCAGAAACAAAAUUCAAUUCAACUUCUCUCUCUGGGCAUCUAGAACAGGUUUUUGUAUUUCCCAUCCAAUUCCGUUUCUUGAUAUCAUCAUUUUCAUCCCUUUAGAGUAGCCAAAGAAGUGCAACAAAGAACACAAAAUUUCUGCCAUGGCCUCUUCCAUGACAGUGAAAAUCCUUGAGAUCACCCGAAUCAAGCCAUCCCCUGAAUCACACAACUCUGCCAACGAAUUUGAAUCCUCCCUUCCACUCACUUUCUUUGACACUUACUGGUUCAAAUUCCCACCAGUUGAACGACUCUUUUUUUACCAACUCAACAGCUCAUCCCCUGCAUAUUUCAACUCAGUAAUCCUCCCCAAACUCAAGCAAUCUCUUUCUCUAACGCUGGUCCAUUACCUCCCCCUUUCCGGCAACCUCAAGUGGCCAUCAAAUGCCCCCAAACCCAUCAUUUCAUACACUCCAAACGAUGGAGUUUCACUCACAGUUGCCGAGUCUGAUGCAGACUUUGCCCGUCUCUCCAGCAAUGGAAUAUAUGAAGCUGUUGAGCUACAUCCUUUGAUACCUCAGCUGAUAACAUCAAAUGAUUCAGCAUCAAUUAUAGCUGUGCAAAUAACCCUGUUUCCUGAUAAAGGGUUUUCCAUUGGAAUCAUAGCUCACCAUACAGUUCUUGAUGGUAAAACUACAACCAUGUUCAUGAAAUCUUGGGCUUACCUAUGUAAGCAAGGGAAUAGAGAAAACUCCCCUUUGCCACCAGAAUUAACCCCAUUUUUUGACAGGGGCGUUAUUAAAGAUCCUACAGGGCUUGACCUUGAUAUGCUAUACUUGAACCAAUGGCUAACCAGUAAUGGCUCAGAAUCAGAUACUACUGGUCAUAAAAGCUUGAAGGUUUCAUCAGACAAAGUAGAAGCUUCUAAUCUAGUUCGAGCCACAAUUACCAUCACUCCUGAUGAUUUCAAGAAAAUGAGAGAAAGGCUACUAUCCAAAUCAUCUGAUAGCUCAAAGCAACUUCAUUUAUCAACUUUUGUGCUUACACUUGCUUAUGUAACUACUUGCAUAGUUAAGGCAAGAGGUGGAGAAGGAGAUAGAACUGUUUACAUUAUAUUCACAGCUGAUUGCAGGCCCCGUUUGGACCCACCUGUCCCAGAAAACUAUUUUGGAAACUGUAAUACUCCUAUAUUCGAGUUAUUAAAAGCAAGACAUUUCAUGGAUUUUGAAAACGGGUUUGCAUUUACUGCAGAAAAGGUAAGCAAUAUGGUCAAGGGAUUAACAGACAACGGGGUUUUUGCAGGAGCAAAAGAUAAGCUGACACCCGUAUUCGAUGUAGCUAAGGAGCCGGAAGGAUCUGCACAAUUUAUUUCUGUUGCUGGAUCGCCUCGAUUUGGUGUUUAUGAAACGGAUUUUGGGUGGGGAAGGCCAUGGAAAGUGGAGGUAGUAUCCAUUGAAAAGAAUGAAGCUAUUUCUAUGGCUGAAAGUAGAGACGGGAGGAGGGGAAUUGAAGUUGGCUUGGCUUUCAGGAAGCAUGAAAUGGAGCGGUUUCUCUCUCUGUUUCUCAAAGAUUUUUAACAAGAUAUUCCAGCGGAGGAAAUAAAAAUUGUGGAAGAUGAUCAAAUCCAUUACAAUUUUGAGUGGCUAUAAUCAAAUUGUCUUUCAAUUUUAUGCCAUAUGCACGUUGAUUUUUUUUUUUCUUUUUUUCUUUUUAUUAUGUUGGUAAGAUGAUAUACAUACACUGCAACUAUAAAAGAGAAUAAAUUCGAACGAUGAUUUGAAUACAUCUUUUUUUCUUUUUUCUUUUUUUUUUAUAAUUUGUGAACAGAUAUUAUCAUAAGACAAUAAAGUGCAAGAAAAUUAAAU